AUGGGCAUGGACACACGAAUAGAGUGCAUAUUCUUUAGCGAGUUCCACCCGACUUUGGGUCCCAAAAUAACAUAUCAGCAGGCCUGAUGAUGAUAAGCGGUAAAGAAAAUGGAUGGAUGGUUGCACAAGUGUGCACAUCCUCUUAAUUAACCAAUCACAUUCAAACUCGUGUUCAAUGGGAGUCGCCACACACCUGACAUCAUUUAAAGUGCCUCUGAUUAACCCCAAAUAAAGUUCAGAUGUUCUGGUAUGCUUAGUCGGAAAAAGCUUUGAAAUUAUUUAUUUUGUACAUAUUUCCUAUAUCACAAAACCUGGCAUUUGAAAAGGGGUAUGUAGACUUUUUGUAUACUAUGUAUUUAUCUAUCUAUGGUUUCAUGUUUGUAUCGAUCACUGCAAUACCACUAUGUGAUGCUAUUAUUCAAAUACAGUAGUGCACCAUUUUGCAAAAUAAAUUUUAUUUCAAAUGACAAAAAUACAGUCAUCGAUCACAUUUGAUGUGUUAGCGUGCCGUACACUACAUUACAUGAUAAAAAUGUCUGAUUAUGUUAUCUUCUGACAGGUCCCGGAAGAAUACAUUUCACGGGAACUCUUUGACACAGUUCAGGUUUAUAUUAUCACCAAACAGGAGCUGCAGAACAAAUUAAUAACAGUCACUGCGAUGGGCAAAAAGUUAAUUGGAUGUCCGGUGUGCAUUGAACACAAGAAGUACAGCCGCAACGCCCUCCUGUUUAAUCUGGGCUUUGUUUGUGAUGCGCAAACCAACACGUGUGCCCUCGAGCCGAUCGUCAAGAAGCUCUCUGGAUACCUUACCACAUUGGAGCUGGAGAGUGGAUUCAUAUCCACUGAGCAGAGCAAACAGAAACUCCUGCCUAUCAUGUCGACGUUGUUGGAAGAGCUCAACGCUACGGGUGCCUGCACCUUACCCAUAGACGAAUCCAACACCAUCCACUUGAAACUGAUCCCGCUGCGGAAGGAUCCCCCGGUCGUCCAGGAGUACGACGUUCCGGUGUUCACUCAGAACAAAGACCACUUUAUUAAGUCUCAGUGGGAUCUCACCACGCAGCAGAUUCUGCCCUACAUCGACGGCUUUCGACAUGUGCAAAAAAUCUCUGUCGAAGCCGACGUCGAGUUGAAUAUAGUUCGUAUUGCUGUGCAAAAUCUUCUGUAUUAUGAUAUCGUGACCUUGGUGUCCAUAUUCCAGUACUCCAAUGUGUACUGUACCACCCCCAAAGUACAGAGCCUGAUCGAUGACAAACUUAUCCAGGAGGAGUGUCUCAACUAUGUCACUAAACAAGGUCAGAAGCGUCCGAGUGUAAGAGACGUGUUCCAGCUCUACUGCGGUCUGAGUCCUGGAACCACCGUCCGCGACCUUUGUUCCCGCUACUCGCAGCAGCUGCAGAGGGUUGAUGAGAGAAGGCUGAUUCAAUUCGGCCUCAUGAAGUCUCUCAUUCGACGGCUACAAAAGUACCCUGUCAAGAUGAUGCGUGACGAGAAGAGCAGGCCCCCUCGCCUCUACACGGGCUGGCACAGCUAUGAUGAGAUCUGCUGCAAGACGGGAGUCAGCUACAAGGAGCUGGAUGAACGUUUGGAAAAUGACCCCAACAUUGUUGUGUGCUGGAAGUGACAAGUGGAAGUUUGUGCAAUGAAAGAGACAAAAGAGAGAUGAAAUGGCCCAACCAAAGAUGUUUUCUACUAGACAGUCGUCAAAGGAAGUAUUUGUUUAACUGUUCCUUUUCAGUAAAGGUCCCAUGCUAUCGGAAUCCUUUUUUUUUCUUGUUUGAUGCAUAACACGGGCCAAAAUUAGUCUGUGACCCGGUUUAAGUUUGACAUUUAUGCAGUUUGUUGAUUAAAUGCAAAAGACACAUCAGGCUUGAAAGAAGAUUGGGUUUGUGUGUGUGUGUGUGCUUUAAAUUAUUUUAAAAAAAAUGCAAAGCAGAAAAGAACAUUUUUGUUUUUGUUAUUCAAAUGAAAAUAAAACUCAAGAUGUGCUUUUGAAAAUGCAAAUA